GGAAUACAGGUGUUACACCUUUACCUGGGAACACUAGAGGAGCAAGCAGCCUACCGAGAAGCCACACCGAAGACUAAAACUACACAAGAUCUUCAUUUCAAGAGACUGCAGAUUGUUUUGUUUCUUAACCCGAUUUCACGUCAUUUGGAACUGAAGACAAUAUCUACAGGCAUGGACAACAGACUGGUCCUCACUGUCCUAUUUGUGACGCUGUCCUGGUUAUCUGUGGGCACCUACGCCGCAAACGCUACAGUAUCUACUAACGGGACAACUGCGGCAAACGCGACCACGGCACCGGCUAACGGGACAACUGCGGCAAACGCGACCACGGCACCGGCUAACGGGACAACUGCGGCAAACGCGACCACGGCACCGGCUAACGGGACAACUGCGGCAAACGCGACCACGGCACCGGCUAACGGGACAACUGCGGCAAACGCGACCACGGCACCGGCUAACGGGACAACUGCGGCAAACGCGACCACGGCACCGGCUAACGGGACAACUGCGGCAAACGCGACCACGGCACCGGCUAACGUGAUAAUUGCGGCAAACGCGACCACGGCACCGGCUAACGCGACAACGGCAGCGAACGCGACCACGGCACCGGCUAACGCGACAACGGCGGCGAACGCGACCACGGCACCGGCUAACGCGACAACGGCAGCGAACGCGACCACGGCACCGGCUAACGUGACAACUGCAACGAACGCAACCACGGCACCGGCUAACGGAACAACGGCGGCGAACGCGACCACGGCACCGGCAAACGGGACAACUGCAAUGAACGCGACCACGGCACCGGCUAACGGGACAACGGCGGCGAACGCGACCACGGCACCGGCUAACGUGACAACUGCAACGAACGCGACCACGGCACCGGCUAACGGGACAACUGCGGCAAACGCGACCACGGCACCGGCUAACGCGACAACGGCGGCGAACGCGACCACGGCACCGGCUAACGGGACAACUGCAACGAACGCGACCACGGCACCGGCUAACGGGACAACGGCGGCGAACGCGACCACGGCACCGGCUAACGGGACAACGGCGGCGAACGCGACCACGGCACCGACCACGGCACCGGCUCUGACACAAAACACCACAGUGGAAAAUCUUGGGACACCUCUUUCUCGGACAGGAUGUGGGACCCAGGUGCUCUGUGCGGCUGAGCCCGCAGAGUGCGACCCCUCCUCAGGUUCAUGUUUCUUUCUUAAUGCCAAGCAGACGAGCGGUAAUAACUUUGAGUUUGGACUCUCAGGAGAAUCAGAUGGCUACAUUGCCGCCACCCUGUCAACUGACGCAACACUGGGAGGAAAUGACACAACCUAUGUCUGUGCAAAUAACAACGGGGUUGUUAAGUUCUUUCCCACUGUCCUCGACAACGGCACGCUGACUGUGACAACGCUGAACGUGAACUCUGUGAAGGGCAGCGUCAAUGGAAGGAAAAUCCAGUGUACAUUUGCUGCCACUGUUCCAGACACUUCUACUAGAGCUGCAUCAGGUUUCACGCUCGCAGUCUCCACUGGACCUUUCAACAACACUACUGGUAUUCUGGGAGCCCCCGACACCAAAAUAAAGCGUUCCGGUGUAGACCUGGCAAACGUUAAUGGCACAGUAACCACUACUCCUACCACUCUUACUACUCCUAGUAAUACUAGCCACGCCAUUACACUCCGUCAAUCUCUCACACAGGCUGUGCUGAUCACUGUGGGUGUAGUCGGUCUGACCAUGCUAUAAGGAACUGAAACCCGCAAGACAAGAAAAAUCAUAACUUUCCUAUUUAUGUGUGUGUGCUGAAUAUAUAAACAUGUGCGAUGCAUCACAGAUAUUAGGAUCAUGGUUAAUUGUUUACAGCAGUUGAAAGUAGCAAUGAUGGAGAGUGAUCACUCUUCCGAUAGCUUAUGUGAGUGAAGCUUAUGCGAAUGAAGGCAAGUUUUUUAUUUAAUAUGUAAUCAAUUGUGUUUUUGUGACCACAGGACUGCUGGAUUUCUGUCCUACAAGUAUACAUAUAUUGACUCUUUCUUCAGUCAAAAUCAAUCACUGUGUGGUUAGAAUAGGAUACAAAUGAAAAGCACUAUUACAUUUACAACUACUAAGAGUAAUCAAAUAUCAAAUCUUAUCAUGUUAACCACUACUUGGCUUUCACCAGUAGAGGUCGUUUGGGAUCUAAUUUUCUUUUAAGCCCACACUGCUCAGACAAAAACAUCAUAACUUGAUAACUCCACACUAACCGCUGAAGAAAUGCAAUAAUUUUUUUGUUAAUAAACUAUGAAGCCAAAAAACAUAAUAUUAUUCUGUUUA